AUGGUUGCUGUAACGUAUGACUUCAACAACGAUAGUAAUUUAGAUUUAGCAGUAGUUAAUGCAUAUGAUAAUCGUGUUGACAUAUUAUUUGGCUGUGGUAAUGGAUCUUUUCAGAGUGAAAGAAUCAGUUAUACAGUUGGAAAUGAUCGAGCUUCUCUAAUAAUGGAUGACUUCAACGAUGAUAACAUAAUGGAUUUAGCAGAUGUUAACUUGGACGAACAAACUAUUACUAUGAUAAUUGACAAUAGAAACGGUACAUUUACUGUUCAGAUGCAAUAUUCUGUUGGUUCAGCACCAAGAGAAUUGACUUCUGGUGAUUUCACUAACGAUAAUCAAUCAGAUAUUGUCGUGGCUGACACCGGUGGUAGCAAUAUAAUGUUACUGUUGGAUGAUGGUGAUGGAACUUUGCAAGACCGAGUUACGUAUACAAUCGACACAUCAUCAACAUUUAUGACAUCAGAUUUUGCAAUAGUUAACACACCCAACGAUACGACUGGUAUAAUGUUUGGUGACAUCGAUGGGAUUUUCACUAGUAGUGUAAUACUUUCCGCUACAGGAAAUAAUCUUACCUGGAUAACUCUAGAUGAUUUUAACAAUGACGCGAAGCUUGAUUUAGCAGUGGUUAAUCAGAAAGACAACAAUAUAGGCGUAUUAUUUGGUUAUGGAAAUGGAUCUUUAAACGAUCAAAUAACGUUUAAUGUUGAUUUGAAUGGAGAUAAGAUAAUAGCUCUGGUAGUCACCAAUCUAGAUGACAACAGUAUUAGUGUUUUGUUUGGAAAUCAAGAUGGAACAUUUCAAAAUCAAACAGUUUAUAACACUGGUACUGGACCAAGCUUUGCAGUUUCAAAUGACUUCAACAAUGAUAAAAUUCUGGAUAUUGCCGUAAUUCAUCAACGAUUUAAUAAUGUGAAUAUAUUAUUUGACAAUAGAAAUAAAACUUUUGAGAACCAGAUAACAUAUGGAAUAGCAGGCAGCUGGCUGAAUUCUAUAAUGGCCAAUGAUUUCAACAAAGACGAGAAAUCAGAUAUGGCUAUUAAUGUAGUUGGUAAAGCUCAUUUAGUAGACUGCAGAUAUUACGAUUCAUACAAUAAGUCAGCUUUUACAUUCGUUUGCUCGUCUUUAGGUGAAAACAUUGCGAAAAUGUCCGAAGAAUUGAUUCUUUACCAUUAUCCACAAUCACCAUUCGCCGAGAAAAUACGAAUGGCAAUGGGCUUGAAGAAAUUAAAUUGGCGUUCUGUAACGGUUGAUCGUGUACCUCCAAGAUCUCAUCUCGAAAUUCUAACAGGCGGUUAUCGACGUAUACCAGUACUUCAAGUUGGUGCUGAUAUCUAUUGUGAUACUCAUCUUAUUAUAAGAACACUCGAUCGUCUUAGACCGAAUGCUCCAACAUUACUUUCAAAUCGAAUGGCACAGCCUUUAUGUUGGUGGUGGGAUAAAACUAUGUUUCCAUUAUUGUUUAAAUUACUAAUUGGUCUUCGUGGUGAUAAAUUACCGCGAGAAUGGCUUGAUGAUCGACAGAAAUUUGCACCUCAAAUUAGUUUAAAAAAAGACGAUAAUGAAAAAGAUAUACCGUUAAUUGCACAACAGAUGAAUGCACAUCUUGCUUGGCUUGUUAACAUGUUGGACGAUGAUCGUGAAUUUCUUCUUGAAGGUUCAUCACCAUCUGCAUUUGAUAUCACUGCUUAUCAUAUACUUUGGGCAAUGAAAAAUAAUUUCGAACAAGAAACGAAAGAUCUUCUACCGUACUUAACUCAAGCAAAGUUCAUUUCAUGGUUUGAUCGCAUCGCGGCAUUUGGUCAUGGUGUAAUUAAUGAGAUAAGUUCAGAAGAAGCUUUUGAAAUAGCCAAGCAAGCUGAACCAAUUUAUAUAGAAAAUAAAACAACGAAUGAAUGGAAUGUGGGACAACGAUUACGCAUUACACCUGAUGAUAUGGGUCGUGUACCAGUUGAAGGAACAUUCAUUGCAGCAAAUGACUAUGAGAUUGUUCUUCGUCUCUUCAAUGAAAAGACAGGAAAUAUUAAUGUUCACUUUCCUCGUGCCGGUUUCGAUGUGAUUGCAAUCUAA